CGGCGGUCCAGAAACUUCCCGGGUGCCCUGAAACUUCCCGGUGGCGGAAGUGAGAAAAUCGCAGUCCGUGUGAUCCACUGUCGGUCACGGCUGACAUUUGCAAGUCUGUGAAGGGAGUCUCCUUGGUUCCACCUCCAUGCUUCCCAGGAGGUGGAGACUGCCAAAGAAAGGGAAGAGGGCAUGGAGAAGGGAGAUGCUUCUCGCUGCUGACGGAAAAUUCAAGCCAAAAGAGAAGCCAGGGGCCUGGUGAGAGGAGAAUUUGGAAGCAAUGGCCACGGGCUCUCAAAGUGCGGUCCCUGGCCUGGGCCUGGCUGCAGCAGGAUGGAUCACUGGAGAACUUGCUAGAAAUGCAAACGCUGAGCCUGGCCCAGACCGACGAAACGAGAAGGCCUGGGGUGGGCGCAGCCGUCGGGGCAGGCAGCGGAGCGUGUCUCCCCAGGGCCUGCCGCCGCCGCCGCCGCCGCCCGCCGGGGAUAAAUCUCUGGGCGCGAGCAGCCGGCGGAGCCGCCCGGGAAGCGGCGCAGACGCGGCCAGGCCCGCCCGCGCCCACCCGCCCCUGACGCGGGGACCAGCCGGGAGAAGGCAGGGGGCCAGAGGGAUUUUCACCCACCGCCUGACACUGGGCUGGGGGACUCGCAGUGGCCUCGGACUGGAAAGGAUCACGGUCAGCAGCGGCGGUUCGGGUGGGGUCUCGGGGCACAGCCCCGGGAGCACCCCCACAUUCCUGGGGCGGUCACUUCCAGGAACCGGGACUCGGGCUCUGCCAGCCCGGUGGUCAGAAGGCGAGAGCUUCCCAGAAAUACCACGCGCUCUGGAGCGGAGAAUCGGUCCCCACCCGGCGUCCUGGGCUCGCUGGCUCCCAAGCUGCCCCCUUCCCCAGCCCGGCCCAGGCCUCCCUCUCGGCCCCUACGCCUUACAAAAGACAGACCCGGGCAGCACAGGCACGUCAGGUCUCCUUCACGCCCAGCGACAGAAGCCUGUCUCAGAACUUAAGCCAAAUGGGAGGCGGAGGCGGGUGGAUCGCCUGAGCUCGGGAGUUGGAGACCAGCCUGAGCCAGAGCGAGACCCCCCAUCUCCCAAAAAUAUAGCUGGACAUCGUGGCCGGCGCUUUUAGUCCCAGCUACUUGGGAGGCUGAGGCAAGAGGAUCGCUUAAGCCCAAGUUUGAGACACUGAGCUAUGACAGUCAUCACAAAGUGAGACUCUGACUCAAAAAUAAACGACAACAAAAAAACCCCUUAAGCCAAAAAGGGACUUUCUUGAUUCCCACCACCGGGAAUGCAGAGGUGGAGACAGCCUUGCCAGCCAGGGCUGGAGGCAGAGCCCUUACUACCCUCCCUCUCUUCCUUAUCCCAUCAGCCCUGCGCUGCAAGCCACUUCUCUAUGUGAAGUGUGAGUCCGCAGAGAAGCAGGGGACCUGCUGAGGCCCUCCAGUGUCCUCCCUGGAGUCUGGGAACUGGGAGGGUCUGGUUCCAGACCUUUCCCUGGCAUGGCUGCACCCUGUCCUUGACUUUCUAAAUGCCUCUGUGUGUAUUGGA